ACUGAGCUUCCAUCAGGGUUUUCAUUGUUUUGAGACGCAGAGAAGUCUCUACUCUUCAUCGUCGUAGCCAUGUCGAAGAGGAAGACUAGGGAGCCUAAGGAAGAGAACGUGACACUUGGACCUGCCAGGCAGGAUGGGGAGCAUGUCUUUGGUGUGGCACACAUUUUUGCUUCAUUUAAUGACACAUUUAUUCAUGUGACUGAUUUGUCUGGAAGAGAAACAUUGGUUCGAAUUACUGGUGGUAUGAAGGUAAAGGCUGACAGGGAUGAAUCUUCACCAUAUGCAGCCAUGCUUGCAGCCCAAGAUGUUGCGCAGCGAUGCAAGGAACUUGGUAUUGAUGCUCUUCAUAUUAAGCUUCGUGCUACAGGAGGAAAUAAGACCAAGACCCCUGGCCCAGGUGCGCAGUCUGCGCUCAGAGCACUUGCUCGCACAGGCAUGAAAAUUGGUCGCAUAGAGGAUGUGACUCCAAUUCCCACCGAUAGCACUCGCAGAAAAGGUGGCCGAAGGGGAAGAAGGCUGUGAUUCACUUCUCUUCAUUUUAAAAGCAUAUUGGCAGCUGUGGCUGAGACAUUUGGUUAUGUUGCAAUUUUGUUUCUCACUUUCUUAGUUGUUUGAACAGUUCUUGUAGUUUUGAAUGUCGUUGAAUUUUGAUAUUCUGGAGCUUUUACUACUUGAAAGAUGGUGAUUUUCCUGGAUUUAAAUCUAAAUACAUUUGCCUUAAAAUGGAGUCCGCUCCAAUGGGCUUCCAGUGAGGUGUUGAUAGUAAAAUAACUAUUGGCCUUUAAUUAUAUGAUUCAAGUAGUAAAAUAA